CACCGUUCGUACCGGCAAGUCGCUGCAGUUACGGAUUAAGCUCGUACCUCGCACUACCAUUGGAUAUUUCAAAUAAAAAUUUAUCGCUUUCAGGACGUGAAGAAUUCGACAGUUUGUUUUUUCCUUGCUCAGUGUACCCUUCCUUUAAAAAGUAAACCGCCACGAUGGUAUGUUCUAUUGAUGAUAUUGCUGACGAGCUCCCGCCCGAGCAGAUUGCUGUCUUGCGCAAAGCUUUCGACAGCUUCGACAGAGAAAAGAGUGGCAGCAUUCCUACAGACAUGGUUGCGGACAUUCUUCGACUGAUGGGACAACCUUUCAACAAAAAGAUUCUUGACGAGCUUAUUGAAGAAGUCGACGCAGACAAAUCCGGACGUCUUGAAUUUGAAGAAUUCGUAACCCUCGCUGCCAAAUUCAUCGUAGAAGAAGAUGCCGAAGCCCUGGAAAAAGAACUUCGCGAAGCUUUCAGAUUAUACGACAAAGAGGGUAAUGGAUACAUCCCCACGACAUGCUUACGCGAAAUCCUGAGAGAACUUGAUGAUCAACUUACUGAUGAAGAACUGGACAUCAUGAUCGAGGAAAUUGAUUCUGAUGGCUCUGGAACAGUAGAUUUUGAUGAAUUCAUGGAGAUGAUGACUGGAGAAUAAAUGCUUGAAAGGUCAGACCGCGUGAAGACCAACUUGUGCACCAGCCACAUUACUUUGAAUUACUUGUCUGCAUGUUUUCAACGAUUCAGUGUAUUCGUCUGCAAGACAUGAAAUAUCGCCAACAGUCAGAGAGAAAGACAAACCACCUUAAAUAUUCUUCCAAUGCGAUAACGCGACAUCCUUUGGACGUAAAUCCGAUCAUCCCUUUGGCUCCACUUACUAAUAAAUAGAAUUUUUACUACAUAAGUCACGUUACACUCCGUUCUUACAAAGAGCCUAUUGAAUUUUUCAUGGUCAGUAUUCAUUAUUGUUAAUAAAAUUCGCCAAAAAAGA